UCCUCAAAACGAAACUUACCAUAAUUACAACAGUAUGCUGAUCGAAUUUGUAGCCAUUUUAAUGUAAAAUAACCUGUAAUGGAAUACAUAAUUUGCUUAACGAAGGCAAUGCACACGUUCUCUCUAUUCUGGAAAGUCCGUCAAUUUUAAAUCGUGUAAUGUUCCCACUUUUCUAGUGGGAAAUUGGUUUAGCAAAUCGAAACAUUUGUUUGUGUACACAAGGUUUAUUUAUUACACAACUCGUUUAUAAUUUCUUAGAACUUGUAACGGUGCACCGAAUGACGAAUAAAGUGAACCCCGUUGUCUACACUCACAGUCUUCCAGGAAAUAUAACUUGAUUGGUUGAAAUGCCUAUACUUUGCGUCAUCCUCUCAAUCCACCAAUGGUGUGCUGUAAACGCGGGGAUGUAAUUGUUUGGAUUUGGGUAGAAGGGCAGUUUAUUUCCUGAUAGUGUUUUGCUAUCUAUGUUAUUGAUCUACUGUUUGCUAUGUAGGUAAUAUUACAUUUUCUUAGCUAUCAGCGUCCAGGUAAGCAUUCUGCCUUAUAUUUUACUCUCUGAAAGUCGGAAAUCUUCACUGUCGUGUAACAGUUUAUAUGUUAUUCACGUAACGGUUGUGAUGUCGCUAAACUAGCUAGUUAACUAGCCAAAAUGUUGCUAGAUAAAGUAACUGAAUAAUUAUCUGAUCAAACUGGACAUGCCAACGGGCUGUAAAAAAACAUAGCUAUCAAGUGUCUAACGUUAUCUAGCUAACCCUACUGGGCUAACUGUUGUGUCAACAUGCAUGCAAGCAUCAUGCAUUCCAUUGUAUGGUUAAUUGGUCUCCAUAGCUAGCUAGCUAGCUAGACAAACAAGAGCCUGCCUCAACAUGACCAGUGCCAUGUUCCUUCUUUACUUUAGAUGUUUUACUAGGUUUUGUGAAACCAUAGAGUCCGCUGUAACGUUAGACAUGGGGGAGCCCAAGACGCCCAAAUUUGGGUCCAUAGAAGAAGAACUGAGUUUCUGGAAGGAGCAGUCAGACAAACACCAGCAAAGGGCUGAGGAGGCACAGGAGGAGUUGCAGGAGUUCCAGCAAAUGAGUAGGGACUAUGAGGCGGAGCUGGAGAUAGAGCUGAAGCAGUGUGAAGCACGGAACAGAGAACUACUGUCCAACAACAACCGGUUACGCAUGGAACUGGAGAACAUCCAGGAGAAGUACGAGGCACAGCACUCUGAAGCGUUUAGGCAGAUCUCAUUGUUGGAGGGAGACCUGGAAGAGACCACAGCGGUCAAGGACCAACUCCAGAAGUACAUCAGAGAGCUGGAGCAGUCCAACGACGACCUGGAGAGGGCCAAGAGGGCGACCAUCAUGUCCCUGGAGGACUUUGAGCAGAGGAUGAACCACGUGAUCGAAAGGAACGCCUUCCUGGAGAGUGAGCUGGACGAAAAGGAAAACCUUCUGGAGUCUGUCCAGAGACUAAAGGAUGAGGCCAGAGAUUUACGACAGGAGCUAGCUGUACAGCAGGUCCAGGAGCGACGCCCCCCCAGUAGCCUCUCUAAAGAGAAAGACAGGACCGAAUCAUCGUCACGCUCCACCAUACUGACAACCCCCUCCAAACCACUUGGUACAUUCCCAGCAACCCCAGCCUCAAGCAUCCGUCGAGGGGAUAACCUAACAGGAACUCCCCUGAGUACGUCGGCUCGCAUAUCUGCACUCAACAUCGUCGGGGAGCUCCUAAGAAAAGUUGGGAACCUGGAGUCCAAGUUGGCGUCUUGUCGAGACUUCGUAUACGACACGUCACCGAAAAGACCGUCUCUUCCGUUGUGUCCUGGUACCCCCUCUGCUAUAGAGGGAGGCACAGAGAUCCAGGCCUGCAGCAUGAGCCCUCCACACUACGACAGUUUGGUGAAGCGGUUAGAGUUUGGACCUGCGCCUCCUCGGGGGAUCUCCUCCCACGGCACCCAGUCACCAUCAGGGGGAGUCAAGAUCCUGCUAUGAAACGAGGGCCUCCCCUGUCCCCCUCCCCACACCAGACUGUACUACCCAUCAGUAGGGCUUUAAACUGUGUCCCCCUCUCACUACACUAUCAGCUGAACAUCCUCCCCCCUCAGUCAGACUAUGAACCAGGAAGCUGCUCCCUCUAUCAACUUAUUUGCUGCAUGGACUCUGAGAAGAACCACUGAGUCAUGAUGCUACGCUUCAGUUUUAUUUUAUUAAUUAAUAAUAGAAGUGAGGAUUCCUUGACCCCGCUGCAUGUCCUCCUGCUGAUCCCUUGACCCCUGAACCCAAGUCCUGCAAUGACAACACCAACCCUGCUACUAACCCCCCCCCCCCCCUAUCCCACACCUGGUCCUCCUUGUACCCACGUUCUGAUUGGACUCCAUCUUGGAUUCUUGGUGUGCCAACUGUAGCAGAAGAGUGAAGUUGGUCAAUAGUUGGUGCUGUUAGCCUUUAGCAUUGCUGCCUUUUAGCAAUAUCACCACCACAUGUAAGUUUUGCCUAGUCGUGAUUCCUUUCUGUAUGUCGAACUCUCUGAUAUGUCCGUUCCUAGCUAAGCCACAUGUGCUUAUAGAGGCUAUACGUGUAAAGUGUCGGAGAUGGUAAGUUAGGCUAGCUUUACCUUUUGGAGAAUGUGUAUUAUUCCUUUCUUUGUGCUGGGUUGUCAGUCUAAAAGCUAAGGAUGGUCUGAAGUUUAUGGGUACUACUACUUUACAGGUCAAUGUUUGAGUUAAAAGCAAUGGUUUAUUCAUGUACGAAGAUACUUUCUUUUAAAGGUCUUCUACCUGGUAACUUGAAGUAUUAUCUGUGAGAAAUGCACAGACUAGCUAGCCUAUACCCUGUCAUGCAUUUGCAGAAUCUUUUAUAAGGUAGGCAAGAUAUAGGAAGAGAAUGUACAUUGAGUUUAAACUUCUGAAAAUCUCAAAUGUGGUCUUUGGCAAAAACAUUUGUUGCCAUUUCUUCAGUGUUUAAGUUUGAGAUUCUCUCCAUUUUUUUUUUUUUAGGGGGUACCACUGCACUGCAUAGAAUCUAUAUUAGAUCUUUUCAAUAGGAAGUGGCCUAAAGACAGCUUUGGUUCAGUUUGAGCAGGUCAGUCGACCCAGAAUUCCUGUCAAAAGACUGAUCUUAUACCAGAUCAGGGAGUUAUCAAAGAUGGCAAUAAUAGAUUUUACAGAAUAGGGUUUCGAGAAAGCACAGUUCAUACUAUAUUUCCAAAACCAUUAUGGAUGAUGCCUUGGUUACACUUAAUGCUGGACAUGUGAAUUCUUUACGCACUGUUUAAAAGAGAAUGUUUUAGCCUUAGUCUUUCCAAUGAGGAGCAAUAGUCCAAUAUCAAGGACAUAUGACACUAGGGCAUGUUACUACUCAAUGACGUUUGUACUUACUAACAAUGUGUAUAUAUCGUUGGUUUAUAUUGGUUCCAUCCAUGUGCUUUAUCCAAUUCCCCUGUCAUGUUCAUGAUGGAGUUGGUUAGAACACACAGAUUUGAGACCAGGAUAAUGUCUACAAAACAACUGUUAAAGCAGCUGUUCUUAUGGAAGUACUCUGCUGUUGUGUGUGAACUAAGGACCAGGAAGUACAGUUUGUAGAGCUUAUUUUUACAACUGUACAUGCAACCGUUUGUGGGUGUUACUAACUUGUGUCUGGAUUUACAUUGAAAUGUAUGCACCUGAGGUGCUCUACCUUUUGACCUGUUGGUUUGCAAUCCUUUUUGUAUCAAAAUGAACACAUAAAAUGAACAUUCUAAACAUGCUUUUGACAAUAUCAUUCAGGAUGUGGAGAAAGACAUAUAGUACAUGAAUACGGUUACUUUUUCACUUAUUUAUUGUGCAGGUGGUUCCACAUUUUAUAGAUUUGAAGAAGUGGCAUGUAAACGUCAAUUGAGUAAAAACAAGACAGAACAUUGUUGUAAAGGUGACCAGUGGCGGG